GGGGGGGACGGGGCUGGGCUGGGCUGGGCUGUACUGGGCUGUAGGUCCCGGGGGGAACGGAGCCACUCCCGGAACGCGAUCCUUUUCGUCCUGUCCCUGCCUUGCGUUACGCUUGCGAUGCCCGCUGCUCCCAGAGCAGCCGCUUGGGCAGCUCUCGGUACAGGGCUGAGGCGGCGGCUCGGCCCCCGCGGCCGGGCCCGCGCUGCGGCGUGAGGCCGCGCCUCGGGAAGCUGCGUGGCGGCCGGAAGCUGAGCGCGGCGAGAGCUCUGUGCUCGGGGCAGGGCUCCGAACUCAAACCGGCGCCUGCCGGGAGGAGGUGGUGAGACGCCCUACAGCGCUACGGCCGUCCCGCCUCGCCGCCCCUGACUCACCCGGGGCAGCACCUCUUCUUUUUUGCCCUCUUGCCUCGCUCGUUGCUGCUGCCGGAGGAAGCGCAGCCCCGCUGCUGGCAGCGCCUCACCGCCCGGGAAGCGAGCGGCAGUACGGGCGCCCACCGGAACAUUAGAAGUUCACAAACAGCUGUCCUGUAAAAAAAAAGGUGGGGAACCAGCCUACAUGACAAUAAUGAGGUACUUUAACUUCUGCAAGCUUCCAGGAAGAGUUAUGGGAAUCCACCUACUACGCUUCACUUCUGUGGUGAUCAUUGUCUUACUGCUUGUAGCAGGUGCUUUAACAGCUUUGCUUCCCAGUAUCAAAGAUGACAAAAUGCCCAAUUUGAGAAGGGAACCAAAACCCCAGAGUCAGUCUGCCUUGGAUUCAUUUACUCUUAUUAUGCAGACAUACAAUAGAACUGACUUGCUGCUGAAGCUUUUAAAUCAUUAUCAAGCCAUCCCCCACCUACAUAAAAUAAUUGUUGUGUGGAACAAUAUUGGUGAGAAGAUACCAGAGGAAAUGUGGAACUCUCUGGGGCCUCAUCCUGUCCCUGUUGUCUUUAAAGUUCAAACUGUGAAUAGCAUGAGAAACAGACUCCAGAAUUUCCCUGAGCUGGAAACAAAAGCUGUUUUAAUGAUGGAUGAUGAUACACUAGUCAGUGCUCAUGACCUUACUUUUGCCUUUUCUGUUUGGCAGCAAUUUCCAGAGCAUAUAGUGGGAUUUGUUCCUAGGAAGCACAUUUCUACUCCUUCAGGUGUAUACAGUUAUGGCAGCUUUGAACUGCAGAGCCCUGGAUUUGGAAAUGGAGAUCAGUAUUCUAUGGUUCUUAUUGGUGCAGCAUUUUUUGACAGUGGGUAUUUAGAAGACUUUCAAAGACAACCAGAAGCUGUUUACGCCUUAAUAGAUGAAACUCAAAAUUGUGAUGAUAUUGCCAUGAAUUUUCUGGUGGCCAAGCACACUGGAAAGCCUUCAGGAGUGUUUGUGAAGCCUGUAGAUUUAAGAAAUUUAGAAAAAGACAGUAACAGUGGGUAUUCUGGAAUGUGGCACCGAGCAGAGCAUUUGUUACAGAGAUCUUACUGUGUAAAUAAACUGGUUAAUAUUUAUGAUGGCAUGCCUUUAAAAUAUUCUAAUAUCAUGAUUUCUCAGUUUGGUUUUCCUAAUUAUGCCAAUCACAAAAACAAAAUGUAAGCAAAUAAUUUAAGGGGUUAGAUGUUAAAGAAUACUCAGUGCAUUGUAUUGAGUCCAAGGAGAGAAGAAGAUAUGAUUACUGCUUCUUGGCUAUCCUUAUUACAAAUACAUAUAUUUGUAUUGAUACAAAUACAAAUUUGUAUCCUUAUUUGUAGCCUGUUUUUUUCCAUAUGGAUUUUCAUGGGGUGGGUUUUUUGUUUGGUUUGUGUUUUGUUUGCAUGUUUGUUUUUCUUUCAUACAAAUUCUCUAAGGUACGUUUUGAGAACUUCAAGAAUAUGUACUAAUAUUGAGGUGCAACAAAAUCAUCCUUUUUCCUUAAAACCCAAAAAGCUAUUAAAAUUAAUUAGGCCAAUUCUUCAGAAACAUGUCUUCAGUGCUUACAUUUUUUUUUUAAAACAUAUGCAUCUACUCAAAUGAGAUCUAAGCAUAUUUUGAUAGUUAACAUGUUGAGACACUUCCUUGCCUUCCCCGUCCUCUCCUCCACUCUUCCUACCCGGUUCCCAGUACAAACAACAGAAGGGCUACAGUAAAUUGUUGGCCAGGCUUCUAGACUCCUGUACAAAACCCCUUUGAAAUUUGUAUAUAAGAUAUUCUGAGAUGCCAGAAAAAGAGUACCUCACCUUAAUCUCAGUCCUAAAACCACUGCCUACAGUAUCUCUACUACUGAUGAGACAGUGGAAAAUAUCUCUGAUGUGGCUUCUCUCCCUAUUAUUAAUUUGCUUAGAGCUGCUGAGACAGUGCAAGCAGCUGAAGGGUAAAACCUAGCAGCUGGAGAAGUACAAAACAUAAGUACAUGAAAUACAAAACUUGCAUAUGCAGCCAGAAGAACUGGAUGGGGUAUUACUUAUACUCUAUUACUUAGAUUUAUUUUGAUUUUUAGUAUGUAUAUUGUUAAAAAAAAUGUGCCCAAGAAAAUUCUCACUUGAAAAAAAUCUUGUUUACAAUUCCUGAGAAAGCUGUUCUACAUUUAUUAGAGAGUGUACAUUUUAUACUAUCACAGGUCUACUGUUCUUUUAACUGCUAUAUCAAAUGAGUAUUUACUUUUUUGUUCCUUUCAUCUGUUUUUGGUGGCUAUGACAAUGGAAUUAAAAUGUGCAAUGAUGGUAAAGCAUUAUUUUUAAAAGUAUUUUAAGAUACAGUGUAUAUUUUACAGGCCUGGACUACUGUCAGUCUCUGAUUUGCCUGGUUUUGUCAUAGCAAGAAACAGAGCUGUUAGUAACAGCCUUUGUUAGAUUAGGACUCUUAUAACACAGACAGGACAAACAUUUUCCAUUGUAGUGGGCAUUUUUUUCUGGUAUGGACAAAAGACAGUGAUUACGAGUUGAGGAAUCAAAUCUGGCAUCUAAAGUAGAUUUAGCUUCAUCUGCCUCAGCUUUUGAUUCUUACUGUCAGUUCAAAGGUCCCUAUGGACAAUCAAUAACAGCUCAUUACCCAAGUAGUAUCUGCACAAAUGGUGUAUCAUUUUACUGGGGUUUUUUUGUAAUAAGCUAGGUAAAAAAUGUGGCAAGUUCCUUACAGCAGGGCUUAUUCUGGGUGUGAGCCUUUGCGUUUCUUUGGGGAAAUGGAGGAUUCUUUUGCCUAGUUCUAUCAGUAUUAAAAGAUUUGGUUUAUGUUCAGUGAAAUCUUCAUAGUACUUUCAUGAGAUUUUAGGGGCAAGAUCUUAAAAUGUAAAGUCUGCUUAAUUUUGUUGCAAUAGUGAAAAAUGGAUUUUAGUUUUUGUGCUGUAGUGAUAAGUAGUAUACAAGCAGGUCUGUCAUCUUUCCAGAAAUGCAACUUUCCUAGCAGUGGUUUACUGCAUUUCAUUCACCUACUGGUCUGCAGUAUCUAUUCCCUACAGUAUCAGCUGGAAUUGUGAAGACUCACCAAUGUUGUUUACCUUACUUUUAAAAUGUGAAAUGAGCUGUCUGCUCAGCCAGGGCCUAGUACUGGGUUCUUUGUUGAGGAAACAGUUGGUUUGGGCUUGGGGUUUUUUUUUGGUUCUUCUGUAUCAGUGAAAGAAUUAAUAGAACAAGCUUUUAUAUUAUUGGUAAAUUUGAUUUGUACCGUUGUCAAAUAAAAUGCAUAAAACAGA